AUGGCGCGUCGUCGGCGCGUCGAAAAGCCUGCUCAAGUGGAGGAGGAGGAAGAGGAGCAAGUCGUUGAGCGGGAAGACGAGCAAGACCACGAAGAAGAACAACGCGAAGAGCGCGAUCAUGACUCGGAGAAUGAGGAGGAGGGCGAGCAGCGCAGCUUGACUUUCGACGAAGAAAUUUCCUGGAAACCCGCCAAGCCAAUUCCUACGAGCACUCUGAUAAAACGACUCGAUAAAUUAUCCAAGGAACUCUCCGAUCUCGAUCAAGGCGCCGCCGACCUAGAUUCCAUCCAGCAUGUGGCCAAACAAUUAGGACACCGUAACCUACUACAGCACAAGGAUGGCGGUGUCAAGGCAUACACAGCAUGCUGCCUAGUCGACAUUCUUCGACUCUUUGUUCCCGAUGCUCCUUUUACUGACGACCAAAUCAAAAUGAUAUUCACCUUGUUCAUCAAGGAUAUCCUACCGGCUCUGCACGAUCCCACAAAUCCAUAUGACAGCCAGCACAAAUACGUUUUGGCAUCUCUUACGGAAGUCAAGAGUAUUUUGCUCCUCCACCAAAUCUCAAAUGCUGACGAUUUACUGUUAAGGCUCUUUAACAGCACAUUUGACGGAGUGUCGGCGUCUGGUUCUAGAGCAGCGUCUGAGGAACAGGUCGCUAAAGAUGUUGAGAUUCACCUGACAGAAAUGCUAAUGCAGUUGAUUGACGAGGCCGAGAGUGUGUCAGCUUCUGUUGUCGACGCGAUUAUCAGUCAGUUUCUGAGAGCUGCCCCCCCCGGUGGAAGUCGACAUAAAGGACAGAACGGGAAUCAAUCCACUCUUCUUAUCAAGGAAGAACCACCAGCAUAUGUCAUGGCGAAAAAUAUAUGCAAUGGGUGUUCCGACAAAAUGGCACGUUACGUAAGUCAAUACUUCAGUGACGUUAUCCUUAACGCCUCCGGCUUCGCUACGAAAUCCAAUGUGCAGCGACAUCCGGAUGAUUCUGAUGAUGAAGACGGGACUCUUGGCCCAUCAGAGGCAGAUCUGAGGAGUCUCCGUCAAGCCCAUCUACUCAUCCGCGAACUGUGGCGAGCCGCCCCUACAGUUCUUUCCAAUGUGGUACCCCAGCUCGAUGCUGAGCUUUCAGCCGAUAAUGUGCAUCUUCGUCAAAUCGCCACAGAGACGAUUGGUGAUAUGGUUUCAGGUAUUGGCGCAGCAGGACCACCACCUCCUCCUUCGUUGGAACCAGCGGCUUAUCCACCCAUAAAAUUACUGGACGAUACUCCCCCAGCCGUCGAGAACGUCUUGACAAAACCUUAUUCUCCUCAAUCUUUUGCUCAAACACAUCAUGCCGCCUAUCGCAACUUCGUUGGGAGAAAGAACGAUAAGGCCGCCAUCAUUCGUGCGGCCUGGAUCUCUGCUGCCGGUUAUAUAUUGGCCACGUCUGCAGGGGGCAUUGGUCUCAGCCGUGAGGAGGAGAAUGAGCUCAUCAAGGCACUCUACGAAAAGCUCAAUGACAGCGAAGAAAAAGUUCGGUUGGCUGCAGUGCAGGCAGUCGAGCUGUUCGACUUCCGUGACAUCGUUCUGAAACUUGGAGCUCUCGGAGGUGUAGAGAAGACUGGCUCAAUAUUUGCCAGUUUGGCGGAUCGAUCUCGUGAUAAGAAGCCUGCCGUACGUGUUGAAGCCAUGGUUCUACUGGCAAAGUUGUGGUCAGUUGGUGCUGGAGAGAUUGCCGAUGGGCAAGAGGCUGUCAUAUCCUGCUUAGGCGGUGUGCCUUCCCGUAUCCUCAAUGUGUGGUAUGUCGGCGAUGAGGAUCUCAUCAUUCUUCUUGAACGGGUCAUGUUCGAGUGUUUGGUCCCUUUGAAGUAUCCCUUCAUAAAAGGCGCAAAAUCAAAGGCGGCCUCUCAGUCACAGACGGCCAAUAGCCAGUCAGAUCAGGACAAGAUUCGCGCAGAGAGGAUCCUACUGUUGCUUAAGUCACUGGAUGCGUCGGCCAAGAGGGCUUUUUUCAUUAUGCAAGCCCGUCAGCCCCAAGUUGCCAAGGGAGUUGAAGUGUUGAUUCAACAGUGCGAAGCCUAUAACGGUGGGGUGAUCAAUGCGAACGAGGAAAAGGUCAAAGCCGCCUUGAGCAAGACCUUCCAGUGGUUCUGUGCGUUUUUCCCGGAUCCGCUCAAGGUCCGUAACGAUCUCCAGAAGUUCGCAAAACUCAACGAUCGUCGUUGUUACCAGCUUCUCAAGUUCAUUAUCGCAUCCGAUACCGAAUAUCUCCAUGUUCGAAGAGCCAUUAAGGAGUUGAUUGCCAAGGUCCAAAGUAACUCAGGGUCGGCGAGCUGUUUGGAUACCCUCAUCCCUCUAAUUUACCGGGCCGGCUCUUUGAUGUACAAUCGGAGUCACUUGUCUACGAUUAUGGACUACUCCAAGAAUGACAAAGCUGGAUUCUCUACAAUUGCCCAUGAGAUCUUAAAUGAUAUAUCACAGCGAAAUCCUGCGCUUUUCAAGGCUCAUUCGGACAAUCUCAGAAAGGAGAUCAUCAGUCAAGCACCGUCAGGCAGCCAGCCUAACGAGCCCGCCAUGGUGGAUAUUCUCAAGGCAUACUCGUCCUAUUCCAAAAGAUAUCCCCAGGAAAUUACCUAUGACAAGAAGUUCAUACAGGUUCUUAUGGAUUACGCCUUAUGCGGUGUUCCUGCCAGGAGUGCCAAGUAUGCAGUCAACAUUCUGCUUGCUAAGAACGAUGACAAGAGUAAAGUUACUGCCACUGCUCUUCUGCAAAGAAUCAUGAAGGACUUCAAGUAUGGCUCGCCGCAUUUCUUGACGAGAUUGGCUGCAGUCAGCCAGCUUGAGCGCCUAGCACCAACAGUAACUCUGGACUUUGAUGAGACAAUCAACGACCUGACGAUCAAGCAGAUUCUGCGUCAAGUACGUACCGAUGACAAAAACCCUGAGGUUUCAUGGGUCGAGGAUGAGGACCUGAAUGAGGAACUACAAGCGAAAUGCCUUGCCAUGAAGACGCUGGUCAAUCAAGCGCUUGCCAAUCAGGACGACGAUGACUCCCUGACUCGAGUGAAACUGGUCUUUAAACUCCUGAAAGAAUUUGUGGUACAAGAAGGAGAGUUUUGCAAAGUCAAGGAUACUCCAUUGGCUCACAAAAAACGACUCAGACUUCUUGCUGGAAUUCUGAUCCUGAAACUAUGUACUGUCAAAAAGUACGACGACGAGUUUGAUCCCGCUAGUUUCAACAAGCUUGCAGAGCUCGUGCAAGACACGGAACUUGAGGUUCGUCGACAUUUCAUGGAGAAAUUACAAAGCUACAUCACUCAGGGAAGAUUACGGGCAAGAUUUUACACAAUGCUCUUCUUGGCUGCUUUCGAGCCAGCAGCAGAACUCAAAAGCCGGGUAGAAACCUGGUUGAGAUCCAGAGCACGACUCUUUGCUCAAAACAAGACUCACGUACUCGAGGCCAUGAUGAGCCGUUUCAUUCCUCUACUCGCUCACCAUCCUGACUACAGCUCUGACGUUGAUGACCUGGCUGAUUUCGCCAACUAUUUCGUUUUUUAUCUUAAUACUUGUGCGACAGAAGAGAACAUUUCAUUGAUCUACAAGUACGCUGAGCGUGUCAAGCAAACGCGCGAUGCACUGAACCCCGAGGCUAGCGAGCGGAUGUACGUGCUGGCUGAUAUUGCAAUGGCAGUCACACGCAAGUGGCAAGAGAGGAAGAACUGGGUUUUCCAGGCUUAUUCCGGCAAUGUUGGCCUGCCAAACGGUCUUGUGCAAAGCUUGCCCUCGAGUAGUGUUGCCCAUGAGAUUGCGCAGAAGCAAUAUAUACCUGAAGAGCUGGACGAGAAGUUGGACGAACUGCUCAAAGCUGCCGAUCGCAAGAAGAAACGAAAAUCAACGGGAGAAAAGCAGGAUCCUCCAGCAAAGAGGGCGAGAACUCAAAUCAAGACAGUCAUCCGAGAGAAGCGUGAUAGCAGGCCCAAAAAGGUCUCGAAAGCUAGGAAAUCCAAGCCAGUCAAAGACACACCACCGCCUUCAGAACGUCGUCGCAGUGGUAGAGCUCAUAAGGUGUCUGUCUAUACAGAGCGAGAAGACGAGGAAGACGAGGAGGAAAUGCUGGAGGGCGUGGCCGACUGGGAAUAUCCAGAGAAUGAUAGUGAAGGUGGCGAGGCUAGUUCAGGCGACGAUGAAUCAGAGCUUUCGGAUGCUCCCCCAGAGGAAGAUGAAAAUGGCGAUAGUAAUAAGGCAUCGGACAACGACGAGCCUCUGGAGCCGGAAGCGGAUAAGCCCGAAGAAGCCCAAUCCAACGGAAGAAACACAGCUCCGGCACUGAAGAGCAGGGGUGCGUCUAAGCCAGCUGUCAAGGCUAGUGUUCUUGCAGAGGUAAAACGAUCAACAAGGUCGACGAGGACACGACGAGGCAAGGGCACAGACGAUAUGGAAAUUGAUACUGAUGAGUAA